AUGUACUCAAAGUACCUGGAGUCCAUGAACGCACCACGACUGCACCAGGUCACAACUCCAGCAGCUCACCUCCGUUACCUCCGUUACCUGUGUUACCUGUGUUACCUGUGUUACCUCUGUUACCUGUGUUACCUGUGUUACCUGUGUUACCUGUGUUACCUCUGUUACCUGUGUUACCUCUGUUACCUGUGUUACCUCUGUUACCUGUGUUACCUCUGUUACCUGUGUUACCUGUGUUACCUGUGUUACCUCUGUUACCUGUGUUACCUGUGUUACCUGUGUUACCUGUGUUACCUGUGUUACCUCUGUUACCUGUGUUACCUCUGUUACCUGUGUUACCUCUGUUACCUGUGUUACCUGUGUUACCUUCUCCUUGUCCUGUCCACCUCUGUCAUAUUGUAUGUGUGUUCUAAGUAUACGUUUGGACGGGUUGAUGGCGAAUUUCAUCAAAUCAGACAUGAUACACUUGGAUUUAUAGGGUUAAAAAGACGGAGAAUCAGAAUUCUGUUAUUAAUUACAAGUACAUGUUUGUCUCCAGCUGCUGUUGGUGUAGGAGUGAAUUAUCCAGGUCCAGUUUGUGGCGUGAAAGGAUCAACUGUCACUCUCCCCUGCACCUUCACACCUCUGGAGUCUAUCACUGUCAACAGAAAAGAAGUUCCAGUAACAAUCACCAGAGUCGUCUGGUGUCCGAACCAUCUGAUCUGUCAGGGCCCCACCCCGUCUGUCUACGACAGCGAGUCACAGAACAACGACCCUCGGUACAAAUACCUGGGAGACAAGAGCAGCACCUGCACCUUACAGAUCUCAGAUCUACAGGAGGAAGACGACGCAACCUUUCGCUUCAGGAUGGAAGCUCAUGAUGGCAGAGGAAGUUUUACUGACCAACGGGGAGUGAAAGUCACAGUCAGCGAUGAGAAGAUGAAGAUAAACAGCUCCAGCAGUGAAACAGCGUUAGAACGAGGUGACACAGUGACGCUGCGCUGCUCUGCUCGCUGCACCUUCCACCAGCUGGAGGUCACCUGGUUCAGAGAUGGCCACGCCCUCCCAGAGACCGGCCCCGCCCUCCCGAUCGGCCCUCUGACUGCACAGCAUUCUGGGAACUACACCUGUGGGUUGAAGGGGAACGAGCUCUCGGUGUCCCUGCCAUUCCUCCUCCAGGUGAAGGAGCAAGAGGAGCGAGGAGGGGCGGGGCCGUCUCUGGCGGGCGGCGUGGUCGGCGGCGUGGUCGGCGGCGUGGUCUUUGGCGUCCUGCUGCUCUCUCUGGUCUCCUGCUUCAUCAGAAGGAAGCGAGCAGCAGCAGCAGCAGCUGGGGGAGAACCGCUGGAACACAAGCCCUCUGAUAACAUCUACAGUAAUGUAGUGGCACCCGCCGAGUCAGGACAGGAAGUGACAUCAGAGGAUGUCAGCUACGCGUCCGUCCAAUUCAAACACAAGCAGCCGCUCAGAGUGGAGCAGCAGGAGGAGGAGGAGGCCAUCAUCUACAGCUCUGUGGUGAGCAGAGGCUGAGGAGGAGGAGGAGGUGGAGGAGGAGGAGGA